UGCUGAUUAACAAAAUGGCGCCGUCCAGUGAUGAUUCUGAUGAAGACGAUUUUGUAGUAAUUGGAACUCCUUUGCCCCCUCUUGUUGAAGGUCAGCCAUUAAAAAAGUAUACAGCUGUUGAAGACCUAACAGCCAGAGACAAGCAAGGUAGACGCAGAUUCCAUGGGGCGUUUACUGGAGGGUUUUCAGCUGGCUAUUUUAACACUGUUGGAACCAAAGAAGGGUUUACACCAUCCUCUUAUGUGUCCUCAAGGAGUAAAAAAAAUGAAGUUCCAGAGAGGUCUGGGUUUAUACCAGAAGAUUUUAUGGAUGAAGAGGAUUUGGAAGAACAUGGUAUUGCUCCUCGCAAGUUUGCCACUGUAGGUACAUUUACAUCAGAAGAAAGGAAAAGGAAAUCUAUUGAAGAUGCUACAAGCGUUCAUUCGAAAGCAACUCUUGGAAUUAAUUCAGCUAUAAUUGAUAUAGCUGUCCCUAAAAUAAUGCCAAUUGGAAUUAAGCUGCUAAAUAAAAUGGGAUGGCGGGAAGGUCAGGGAGUUGGACCUCGGCAGAAGAAAAAGAAAAAAGUCACCAUGAAGAAGAAAGAUCCUACUGUCAAAAUGUAUGGAUGUGCACCCCCACCAUCUGAUGAUGAUGAGGAUUCAGAUGAUUUUAUACCCAAGGACAUGAAUGAUGUAACUUUUGCACCAAAAGAUGUUACUCCUAUUCCUCUGGAUUCUAAAGAUGAUUUCCAUGGCCUCGGAUACCAUGGACUGGAUCCAAGGCUUGCCCUUCCUGGUUCUCACAUUCAGUUAUUCGGCUCUACUGCGACACGCUCAUCAACAGGUGUUAAAGGAAUAAGGGGACAGGCUUUUGGUGUGGGUGCUUUUGAAGAUGAGGAUGAAGACAUAUAUGCUGUGGACAACAUGUCCAACUAUGACAUAACCAUGCAGCUUGAUGAUGAAGUGGACAAUAAAUUUGGAUGGACAGCACCAAGAGAGCAUGGUAAACAAACAGUUCCUGUCACCUAUGUUGGGAAGUUGUUGGAAGGAUUUAAACUGUCAUCCACUACAUUGAUGCCUAAGAAGAAAUACCCCCCACCUGCGCUCCCAGCCCACUUCAGACCACAACACUGGUUCAGGAAAAAGAGACAAAUCAGUCAUUUACCAGACAGCACAGAACAGCAGGGUCAGAAAAAGUCUGAUCAGAUGAAUGCAGUAGAUAGAGGAUUGAUGUUAGGAGAGACUCCUAUAUUAGGCUCAGUGUUUGACUUAAUCCAGAAAGAAGACAAGAACAGAAUAGAGGCUACCAAGCAGGCUAUAGCAAUCACUCAGUCUCUGGCUAACAAAGCAGCCAUGGAGCUCACAUCAAAGUUUCACCAAUCUGACAAUUCUAAUGCACCAGGGCAUUCUGUGGAAGCACCAGAUCAAAGCAAGAACACAUUCCUCUCCAAGUUCAAGCCUGCCAGCUCUACAGCAACUGUGACUGAACCAGUGUCAGAUUCCCAGGCUAAAGCUCCACUGUUCCAGGGCAGCCUUAACUUCCAGCCUUUCCGGAAGGAUCCAGUCAAACAAGAGAGAUAUGACAGAUACCUGGCUCUGCUGAAGCAGGGUGUCAAAGAACCCUAUGCUUCUGUGGCUGGCAGUCAUAUGACAGAGUGGGAACGAGCAAGAGAGAGGGAUGAGUUUGCUAAGGCUUCCAAAAUUUUCCGCCCCAUGUCAGCCAUGAUGUCAUCUAGAUUUGUGAGAGGGGCUAUGAUUGAUGACGAACACACCCAAGGACCCUCAAACUCCUCCCAUGAAGUGAGUGACCAAGCCAAAGCAGCUUCCAUGAAUAUGUAUGGUAAACUGACUCGAGAAGAGUUUGAAUGGCAUCCUGAUAACUUAUUAUGUAAACGUUUCAAUGUGCCUAAUCCUUAUCCUGGGUCUGAUAUCGUUGGCCUACCAACAGUGAAACGGGACAAGUUGUCUGUAUUUAAUUUCUUAGAUUUUGGUGACUAUCAAUCAGGGGAUAUUCAGGAACCUACUCUAAAAAAAACUGAACCUGAAGUGCAAGCACCUGCUCUGAAACCUAAACCCACAUUGGCUUCCGUCUUUAAAGUACUCGAUGAUCCAGAUUUUGAUAAACCUACCUACAAACCUGGCUCAAGAGACAAGGAAGACAACAAUACAGAUCAGCCUAAGAAAGAUGAAGAUGAGGAAGCAGACGAUGAUACCCCACCUGACAUUGAUCUCUUCAGAGCUAUUUUCAAAAAUUCUGAUUCUGAGGAUUCAAAAGAUGAAUCAGAAAAAGAAAUUGAAAACGAUAGCAGUGAUGAAGAAAUGGAGACAAAGCCUGAAGCUGAUAAAAAACAGCAGGAGGAUAAGGAAGAGUUGAACUCUGUUACAGAAGAGGUGAUUGUAAAACCAGAGCCAUCUGAGGUCAAGGUUACAGAUGAGCUAAUCAAUACCAGCACACCCACGGAAGGAAGACAGGAAGUGAGGCAUGUAGGUCGUACAAUGCGCAAGUCCAUCUUUAGUGUUAUAGAUCAUUUGGAUGAUCCUGUCUGCACUUCAGAUAAACAUCCAACUACAGAUUUGGUGGAGCAAGUGACUGUGAUAGAAGAGGAUGUAGAUGAAUAUGGACCCAAGUUGCCACCUUCUUCCAGUUCGAAUACACAGUCUCACACAUUUGAAUCUAAUACACCUAUACUAUCUACAAAGAAAAACAAAGAUAAAGAAAGAAAACAUAAGCAUAAAAAAGAAAAAAAGAAAAAGUCAAAAAGUAAAAAGGAGAGAAAGCACAAAAAGCACAAGAAAUCUGGCAAGUCUAAAAAAGCUUACAAAGACAGUUCUGGUAGUGAUGCUGACACAGAAUCAGAUAGUGCUGACUCGGAUAUUUCUGAUACUGAAUUACUAAAAAAAUUAAAACAAGUAGCAGGGAAAGUCCUUGAUGUGCACUAAGCAGUAUUGUACAGUGUAUAGUGUAAAUAAAGUUGUUAAUUAAUUAUCAAAA